AUGGAAACUUCUAGUCUCCUCGUGCCACCUCUAAAAAUAUACCAUCAACAAGCCCUGAUCAGUUUUGUUGUAAUUCCGACGUCGCCUAUGGUUUACGCGGUUAUUCACGAUCCUGCCAUUGUUGAUAAUCCCGAUGUUCCUAGCUAUCAGCUGCAUGUGCAUGGGAGGUGUGAUCCGCCGGCUUUGAUUCCGCUUCAGAUGAUUAAUGCGGUUGAGCUUAAGGUGGAUUGUUGUUUGGAUACGGCGGUUGUUGAGGUUUCGGGAACGUGGAGGCUGCAUUGUGUUACGGGGAGUCGGUCUUGUGAUUGUGUUGUGGCUGUUCCUAUGGGUUAUCAGGGUUCAAUUCUAGGUGUGGAGGUCAGUGUUCAUAGGAGAUCAUAUUCUACUCAGCUGGUUGAUAUGGAAGACCAAAAUGGUGGUAAGGAGAACAUCGUCAGAACUCAAGAUGGAGGCUUUCUCAAGUCUAAUGUGUUCACUUUGACUAUACCCCAGGUAUCCUAUAGUUUAUAUUUGGUUGAGCCUCAAAUGCUAAAACUGUUUAACAAAGCUUCAUCUCUUGUUCUUGCAAAUAUCACAAUGGACAUACUCGAUGACCUGGAUGAAGUUGAGGUGUACCCUUUGCAUAUUCCAGAUCUUUCAUCGGAUUCUACAUUGGUUUUAUUUGGAAGAUACAAGGGAAACUUUCCAGAAGUUCUUAAUCUAAAAGGUGUCUUGGCUGAUUUCAGUAAUUUUGCAAUAAACUUGAAGAUACAAAAUGCUAAGGACAUGCCUAUUGAAAAGGUUUUUGCAAGAGAACAAAUAGACUAUCUUACUUCUCAAGCAUGGCUUACUAACAAUAAACAAUUAGAACAGAAGGUUGCAAAACUAAGCUUACAAACUGGCUUUUUAUCGGAGUAUACACGUAUGGGAAUUCUCGAGAUUGAUCAGCUAAAGAAAUCCAAGCAAUCAGAUGGAGCCAAAGUAUCAAAAAACAAAGGUGAAAAUGUCCAAGGUGAGAGAAUGCUUUUGCUUCCAAAGUUAGGCAUAGGCUUUGGCAACUUGACUGCAACUGCUGAGAACACUCCACCAGGAGCUGAAGAUACGAAAUUGCCCGAUGGGGCUGAAAUCUUUGUUAAGGCAGCCACAGCUUGUUGCGGCAGCCUCUGCAACCAUUGCUGUUGCAUGUGCUGCAUUCAGGUUUGUACCAAGAUGAACAACCAGUGUGCAACUGCAUUUUCUCAACUUUGUAUUGGUUUAGGAUGCUAUGGCUGUCUCAGCUGUUGUUCAGAUAUAUGUUGUACUGGAAAUGAAAGUUGAAAUAUCAAAGUUUGUGUAUGAUUAUAUUUAUUUAUUUUUUUAAUGGUUAAUUGUUUGUAGUUAAUUGUUA